AUGUUUGUUGACGAAGGCUAUGACCGUGGAACCAUCAAUCAUGUCACGUUGCGUUUGAUACUGGUGAGUGGUCGGACGCAUGAGUUCCAAUUUCAUCCCCUCACACCUGCUCAUGAAGUGACCCAAAAAGUGUUCGAACAAUGGCCUAAAGAAUGGGCUGAAGAGAAAGUGGAAUCGGCUUCGAUGCUCAAACUCAUCUAUCAUGGACGUUUUUUGCACGGCUCCGUCACACUUAACGCCUUGAAUUUGCCGCAAGGAAAAACGACCGUAAUGCAUUUGGUGACACGAGAAAAUCUUCCCGAACCGAAUUCUAAUGACUCGUUGUCAAAGCGGAAACGUGGCAGCUGUUGUCGAUGUGUGCUGUCGUAG